AUGGCCAACGCAGUGGUGCUCGACGACGACGUCAUGGAGCCCACGCUCCAGCCCAUCCUGGAUCAGAAGACGCUGCGCUGGAUAUUCGUCGGUGGCAAAGGCGGCGUAGGCAAGACUACGACAUCCUGCUCUCUCGCCAUCCAGCUCGCGAAGCACAGGAAAUCAGUGCUGCUGAUAUCGACGGACCCGGCGCACAAUCUCAGCGACGCCUUCAACCAGAAGUUCGGCAAGGAUGCGCGGCUGGUAAAUGGGUUCGAUAACUUGAGCGCGAUGGAGAUCGACCCGAACGGCAGUAUACAGGAUCUGCUGGCGGCUGGGGGUGAGGGCGCGGAGGACGCGAUGGCAGGGCUCGGCGGCAUGGGGAAUAUGAUGCAGGAUUUGGCCUUCAGUAUACCCGGCGUAGACGAAGCCAUGUCCUUUGCCGAAGUCCUUAAGCAGGUCAAGUCGCUCUCCUACGAAGUCAUCAUCUUCGACACCGCACCCACCGGCCACACGCUCCGCUUCCUACAGUUCCCGACCGUCAUGGAGAAAGCGCUCGCCAAGGUGUCACAGCUCUCGCGCCAGUUCGGACCGAUGCUAAACUCGUUUCUCGGCGGCGGCGGACGCCUGCCCAACGGGCAGAACAUCGACGAGCUGGUCGAGAAGAUGGAGUCGCUGCGGGCCACAAUCGCAGAGGUGAACGGGCAGUUCAAGGACGCGGAUCUGACGACGUUCGUGUGCGUCUGCAUACCGGAGUUCCUGUCGCUGUACGAGACGGAGCGCAUGAUCCAGGAGCUGAAUAGCUAUGAGAUCGAUACGCAUGCGAUUGUGGUCAACCAGCUGCUGUUUCCGAAGAAGGAUAAUCCGUGCGAGCAGUGUAAUGCAAGGAGGAAGAUGCAGAAGAAGUACAUUGAUCAGAUCGAGGAGCUGUAUGAUGAGUUUAAUGUGGUCAAGAUGCCGCUGCUGGUUGAGGAGGUGCGGGGGAAGGACAGGUUGGAAAAAUUCAGCGAGAUGCUUGUCGAGCCCUUCCAGCCACCGGAGUAG